UCAUCUUCAGGCUCUAGCGCCGCUAGAGCAGUCUAAUUCUAGGUUGGAGGCGCACAUAUUCUCCUUCCUAUCCCUUGUUACAUUUCUACACUAAUCAGCUGUCAAAUACAAUCAUUCCGUCAGCUGUCAAAUACAACCAUUCAGUUAUCGGUUUUAAAAUUUUUGAAGUAAUAGCUAUAUACACACAUACACACACACAUACACACACAUACAUAUUCUGUUCAUGGUUGCUUAUGGACUUGUUUUUGAUAUAUUUUUAUAUGUAUAUUGCUUAUUGUCCCUAUUAAUUGUUUGACAUAUUUAUUAUAGAAUUUGAUAUAUGAAUUAUUUAUUUAUACAACGAUGGCGAAGGAAAGAUUCACAAUGCUCCUUUCUGAACCUGGAGAAAUAUUUUUUGAGGAUUAUAGUGUCCAGAUGAGAAGACCAGAUGCUUCAUCUGAAGAAGAUAAAAAAUGGAUAGAUGGAAGACUAAAAUUAUGCUCCAAAUCUCUGGUAUUUGUAAAUAAAGAUAUUAAUCAGCCAUUAAUCAAGAUUCAGUUUAAAGAAACUGUAUCUAUCGAGCAAUAUACAUCCACUAAUGAAGUAGGUGAUAUAUUGUCUGUGGAAUGCAAACAAUAUGUAGAAAUGUUGGAGAAGAAUAUAUUAGCGCCAUACAGAUUCGUUCAUCAGAGUAGUGUAUUCCACUUCUGUUUCAACUAUACAAAAAUAGAAGAUUGUCUUCCACAAAUUUUACAAUUGCACAGAGCAGCAAGUUUAGCAAAUGCAGAACAAAAUGCCAUGAUUAUGGCUAUUGUACACUCCAGGCAAUCAGGUGUAUUCUUCGACAUGUCAUGGCUUGAAGAUUUAUAUGAGCAAGUAGUUUUAGAAGCACAAGCAAACCAAGUGUUACCACUUGUAAUAAAUCCUGGAAGAGUAUUACUAACUACAGCUAGAAUCUAUUUCCAGCCUUAUAAUAACACAGAUCAACAUCCUGUUCACAAAAUACAACUAAAAGAUAUACAGAGUAUUAUUAAAAGAAGAUUUAUAUUACGGCAAGUGGGUCUUGAGAUUAAAUGGAUACGACAAUCUGGUGGUAAAAUCGAAUAUCUAUUUCUGUCAUUCCAAAAUCAGGAUAAGAGAGACAAACUGUACGAAGAUUUACUUAAACAAUCGGCAGUUUCAUUAGAAACUGUACCUCAAAAUCAAAUGCUACUAAGAUGGCGUAAUGGAUAUUUAUCGAAUUAUGAUUAUAUUUUAUAUAUAAACAGUUUAGCAGAUAGAACGUUUCACGAUUUAACACAGUAUCCCGUAUUCCCUUGGGUCAUAAAGGAUUAUACUUCCACGACAUUAGAUUUAAACGAUGUUAACGUUUACAGAGAUCUGUCAAAACCCAUCGGUGCAUUAAAUCUUACUCGUCUAGAAAGACUAAAGGAACGAUAUUCGGAAAUGUCUGAUCCAAAGUUUUUAUAUGGUUCUCAUUAUAGUGCACCAGGCUUUGUAUUGUUUUAUUUAGUACGAAAAUAUCCUCAGUACAUGCUUUGUCUGCAAAAUGGAAGAUUUGAUCAUCCAGAUAGAAUGUUUAACAGUAUAGCCGACGUAUGGAAAAAUGUUUUGGUGAACAUGUCUGACUUUAAAGAACUGAUACCAGAAUUUUAUGAUACAAGCAACGGUGGUGAUUUUCUAGUUAACAGUUAUGGCAUCGACUUUGGUCAUCGACACGAUGGUUCCAAGAUAAACGAUGUACAGCUUCCUCCUUGGGCAGAAAGCCCAUCUGAUUUUAUAAAAAAAUUAAGAGCUGCGUUAGAAAGUGAAUAUGUUUCGCAAAAUCUUCAUCAUUGGAUUGACUUGAUCUUUGGAUAUAAGCAAAGAGGAGUUGAAGCGGAAAAAGCUGAUAAUGUAUUCUUCCAUUUAUGUUAUGAAGGAUCAGUAGAUUUAGAUACUGUACGCGAUAUAAAUGACAGACAUGGUCUUGAAGUGCAAAUUAUGGAGUUUGGUCAGAUACCAAAGCAAGUCUUCACUCUACCUCAUCCUAAACGUUUAACGUCGACUGUAAAUUUAUCACAUAAUGCAGCAUUGUUGUCAUCGCCAGAAAUAAGCAGUGAAGGCAAUGCAUGUGUAAAGGACAAAUCAUUUAAUUUUACAGAAUUAGUAGCUUUUCAAGCACACAAAAACUGCGUUAGCAGUAUUAUACAAAAGAGUACGAACUCGUGUAACGAAAUCAUAUCAGUAGGGCAAGACGGAAUGCUUAAAUUGUAUAAUAUAAGUGAGAAGAAAGUGACACGUAGUGUUAAGUUGUCCUCGUUGUCUUUAUCAUCCUGUAUCUCAUAUUAUACACCGUCGCAACGUAACAUUCUCGUAGCAGGAUCUUGGGACAAUACCCUGAUAUUUUACGACAUCGAAUUCGGUAGAGUAAUAGAUAUCUUACAAGGACAUUCGGAUGCAGUAUCAUGUUUAGCGUGGAGUUCCGCUCGCCAAGUUAUUAUAUCUGGAUCGUGGGAUUGCACCGCAAAAGUUUGGCGCGAGUAUACAUGUGGCACGAAAAUUAAGCCAGUGGAAUGUUUUCUUGCACAAUUGGAUCAUGAUUCAAAAGUAACUUGUAUUGAUAUAUCCAGGGACGAUACUAUAUUGGUUUCUGGUACAGAAGACGGCGAAUUAUGUUUAUGGAAUAUGGAUACGUAUGAUCUGCAAUAUAUCAUUAAAAGUCACAUGUGUAAGGUAAACGCAGUAACGUUCGAUAAACAGUGCAGCAGUGUGAUAUCGUGUGCUGAAGAUAGAAUAUUAAAUGUAACAGACGUUCGAACGAGCACGCAAAUAUACUCUAUUAGUUUAGAAAACGAGCCUCUCACGGUAAAAUGGAUGGGACCAUUCUUAUUGAUAGGUGAUGAUCAUGGAAAUUUCAAUAUAUGGGACUAUCGGAAAACCGUAUUUGUUACGCAGAUACACUGUCAUGAUGGGUCACUUUCGGCCUUAGCAGUAGCAUCUGAUAGUAACUUGAUAAUAACAGGUGGCGAAGACAAAAAAGUUAUUGUAUGGGAAUGUCAUAAUCAAUGACACAGUAUUUCAAGUGGUUGUCUUUUUUUUAUUUAAUGUAUAAAGGAAAUUCUGUGUAAGAAAAGAAUAGGCCUAAUUUCUUUUUUAGCAAUGUACUAUUAAUUUUAUUAUGUGUUACAAUAAAAUACCAGUUGUAUAUAGUAUAA